UGUACCUCAGGUGAUCAUUUCUGCUUCGUAAACAGCCGAGAACGGACGUCGUUCUAGUGGUAGAAUCAAGAUUUUUCAAGCGUGAAAAAAGCAGUGUGUAAAAGAUGAUAAUCAAGGAGUUCUCGAUACCCCUGGAUAAAGAUGAACUUACGCGCACGUAUUUCGGGCAAUACGGACAUCGGGAUCCUGUGCCCUUGCAGAUGCUCAAUCGUGAAAUCAACGCUAUGAAUAUGCAGCAGAUGUCGGAAACGGAGCCUUCCGAGCUGGUGCACGAGAAGCUAGAUUUGUUUCUCUCUGUGAUCGUACAUGGGAAAAAAGUCGAACUUGUUCUGCUGCUCCGGUUUUUCGGGAAAAUUUUGAAGAUCUUACAGAAUCUGAUUGGCUACUUGGAAAAGAGAGAUGAGCAGACGCAAGAGUUGGAGGUUGAACAGAACGAGAAAAUGAAAUUGCUUUUCGCGAAUAAAGCGCUGGCGUACGUAGUGUCAACCACACUGUGUCUCAUCGAGGAUUUGGUCGCGGAAAAUAAUAGUAGCAAUGGAAUGGUUAACGCUGGUAGGCGCAAGAAACCGGCGCAAAAGUCAGACACCGAAGAAGAAUGGGAGACUCAGAGGGAAAAGGUGAUGGAAACAGUGCAGAGGUGGUUGCAAUUACCGUUAAAAAACGUAUGGUCCCCACCGAUCGUCGAAGAUUCAUUCGUAGGGACCGUGAGUCAGAUCUGCUACAAGAUCCUCGAAAAAACGAAGGACAUAAAGUCGAAGACCACGCAAACCCUCAUUUUCCAGCACACCUCUUUUCACCCACAGAUCCUCGGUACACUGGUGAAGAGGUACAACCACGGCAUAGCCUGCGUAGUACGCAUAAUUCAACUCGCGAAAUUCCACGAGGCACUCGCAGUGCCGAUCGGGACUGGCGUCGUGCUCAUGGCUACCGAAUGCGGCUGCACGGGUCUGAUCAAGGAAAUAGCUCGGGAAAUCGCUCAGAACGACAUUGGCGAAGCGGACGCUCGGAAUUUUGGCAGUUUUCUCGAAGCCGUCGCCACUGCGCAGCCCGACAUCGUGCUGCCCAUCAUUGACAACAUAAUGGAUUAUCUGAGCAGCGAAUCUUACGUCAUGAGAAACUGCGCGAUCAGUAUUUUGGGAAUAGUCGUUCCCAGCGCUCUGACGGGCGACGACUUGUCAGCUGAAAAGCGCGCUGUAAGAGACGAUUGUUUGGAUUAUUUGGAGGAGCACAUUUUGGAUACGAGUUCGUACGUCAGGUCCAAGGUGCUUCAGACGUGGCAGAAGCUAUGCUGCGAAAGGGCGUUACCCGUGUCCAGACAAAACCAGCUACUCCAGGCUUGUAUCUUGAGAUUGGAGGACAAGGUCGCGAGCGUUCGGAAACAAGCCCUUCAGCUACUCCGGGCUAUACUGCAGAAUAACCCGUUUGCAUCGAAGAUGAAUCAAGAGAAAUUCUCUCAGAACCUCGAGCAAGCAAAAGCUGAUCUGAAACAGCUUCAAACUGACGUGUAUCACACCAUUGGGGUAGAAGAAGAGAAAGAAGAGCUGUGGAAGACGCAACUGCCAAUGAUCGAAGAGGCCAUCGAUAAGUUUACAGAGGAUAAUACUAUGAAUAACAACGAUGAAGACGAUGCCAAUAAAGAGCACAACGACAUCGACAUCAACAUCAAGGAAAGUUACGACAAGAUUCAAAGUUACAUCUUAAAAGAUAAAGGCAUGAAAGCGGUGAGCUACUUGCAUGCCAUUUUUCAUCAAUCUGGUUUCGCCAAGGAAAUGAAAAACGAAUCCGAGGAGACGAAAAAGGAGGCGCUUCUUCUGUUCAUGUACAAGAUAUUCAUGAAUUCCAAGCCGACCAACAAUAACAACAAGGAGGAAGAACCGGAGAACGAGACAGCUGACAAAGAAAGAUCGAAGGAAAAGUUGACCACCGAUCGAGAAGAGAUAAAGCAGCUGAACGCCCUGAAAGUCAGGAAGACCUUAGUCGCCUACUUGCAAAACACUCACACGUUUUCACUGCAAAUCGAAAACAGCAUCCCCAUAGUGGAAAACUUGCUGUACUCGAUAAACUCCAGCGAUGCCAUAGAAGCCUGUUCUUACCUCGGCACAGCUUACCAGUUUCAAGUAGCAGGAGCUUUGGCGGCGGUUCGAAAGGCGCUCUUUCAAAUUUUCUCCAAAGACCAGUCGGUGCGGGACAACCUGGCCAACGUUUACAAGGAGAUCUAUCUUGGACACUCGGACAGCCAGAUGACCAGUCGAGCUAAAGCUCUGCUGGCGGUCAAAGCUCUCAUCCAGUUGCUGGAUGGUAUGUUACCCGGACAAAGCGCGGCGCUGUCCAAGCUCGUCGUAUCGUGGAGGAGUAAUAAAGAGCUAGAUGUAGAGGCGUUGCAAAUAAUGUGGGAAAUGUUCUCGCUCAAACUGCCGAAUACCACAGAGGAAGAGAGUCGAUCGGCUCUGAUGCUUCUGAGAAUGGCAGCCGAAGCGGAGAUGAACAUCAUGACCGAUAAUUUGAACGUCCUUGUGAAAGUCGGACUGGGUCCCAGAGCGCAAAACGAUUUGCUAUUAGCUCGCGAUACUUGUCGAGCUAUUCUCGCUAUCAAGCAAGACUGUUCUAAAGAUAUCGACAAGUCUCCGAUCAGGUAUCCCAACGAUCACGAAAUGUUUAAGCAAAUCACUAGCCUCCUGGUCGGCAGUUUCUUGGAAGAAAGAGAAAACGGAUACACGUCGUUCGCCACGGACGCCAUAAACGUCAUUUACCAGAUGGCCGAUCAGCCAGCCCAACUAGCCGAGCAGGUGCUGGCCCAGGUAGCAAAAUUAGGAAAUUUCAUUCGAAGCCCAUCAUCGAGCUCCCAAGAGUCCGUCGUCGAACAUUCUGCCUACAGUCUGUCUCGCUUUCUCUUCCUCAUCGGUCACAUCGGCAUCCGCGAGAUGGUCUACUUGGACCAGUCGAUCUUCAAGGAAUUGAAGCGUCGCAACACAGUUCGCGAGCUCAAGUCGGAGAUGAAGGCGCGCGUGUGCAAUAUGCGCCAUCGGCGAAAAUCCAUGAACGUUUCACUUAUGUCCAUUGUGUCCAAUGUAUCGGCAUCCAGCAGUAUUAACCUGCAAGUACCUGGAAGUGCUCAGCGCUCGAUCAGGAGAAACAAGAACGAAGAGGAGCAAGAGGACGGUAUGGAGGGCGCCACUGCGGAUGAUACCGACGCCGAGCAUAUCAAUAUGGUUCUCGAGCAGGAACUGCUGUCCGAGUCUGGAUAUUUGAGGAAAUUCGUGCCGCUGAUUCUGGACGUCUGUCAACAUCCGGACAAGUAUCCACUAGAGGUCGUUCAGGCUAACGGAGUUCUGGCACUCAGCAAGUUGAUGACGAUAAGCUCGGAGUUUUGCGAAGCCAAUCUUCAGCUGUUCGUGACUAUACUGGAACGAUCGGCCUACCCACAGAUAAGGGCGAACAUCCUGAUAGGGUUAGCAGAUCUGAUGACCAGAUUUCCGAACCAGAUCGAACCCUGGACGUCUCACAUUUAUGGGCGACUCAAAGAUCCGGAUCUGGCGGUUCGAAACACGUGCGUACGGAUGCUAUCCAACCUGAUAAUGGGAGAGAUGAUCCGUGUCAAGGGUCAAGUUGCUCAUCUAGCGCUCUGUAUGGUGGAUGAAAACGAGGCGAUUCGUUUGGACACGAAACAGCUGUUCAAGGACCUGUCGCAAAAGGGAAACGCUCUGUAUAACGUCAUGCCUGAUGUCUUGUCUUGCCUGUCCGAUUCGGAGCUGAAUCUGACAGAAGCAGACUUUCAAACAAUUAUGAGCUACAUCCUAGGAUUGCUGCAGAAGGACAGGCAAGUUGACAGCAUCAUCGAGAAACUGUGCAGUCGGUUCAAACUAGCCACGACCAAACGACAAUGGCGCGACUUGUCCUACUGCCUCUCAGUGCUAAAAUUCAGCGCUAAAGGCAUAAGAAUCCUGAUCAACGAUCUUCCGCUGCUGAAAGAGCAGAUCUACAACCAGGACGUGCAGCGAGCGCUGAGCAGCAUAAUCGAAGGGGCAAAGCGUCGACCAGAAGCCAAGAUGGCUUGUGUCGAACUCGAGGACAAGAUCAAAGAGUUGCUCGAGUCCAUGCACAACCAAGAGAAUCCGGGCGGAGAGUCGCAGGUACCGAAACUCGUAUCGGAUAACGACGCUAUGCCACCACCGAAAAAGCUCGCGCCCAAGUCCGUGAAGAAGAGUAAGCCUGCGAGACGGAGGCGAGACGAAGAUGACGAGGAAGACGAGGAGGACGAGGAUUAUGGAAAUCAAUCUUCGAUUGGCAGGAAUUCAAGCUUCAAUAGAAGCACUAAAAGAGGAAGAGGAGGUGCUGUCACCAAUGCUGAUGACUCAACGGUAAAUAGUGGCUCAGAGGAAGAGUACACUGAUAAAACACCCAGUAGGCGAACUACAAGGAGGACUUCAAAGACUCCUUCGCGAGGUAGUGCAACGCCGGUAGGAAGAACUCCACGUCGAAGACUUGCUGUCGAAGCUGACACAAGCAUGUCUACACCUACGGCGGAAAAGAGAACUCGAUCGAGAAGAACAAGUCUGAAGAAUUCGCAAUAAUAUUUAUAUGGUUGAAAUUCGCACGAGCGAAGAAAGAUAUUUUUGGAAAAUCGCACAUUUUAUUAUAAAGUUCAUUUAGUGUGUGUAUUUAGACGUAAUAUAUAUUUUUUUUAAUUUUCCUAUUUAUGAUUUGUUGAAAAAUAUUAAUAUGGUUAAAAAAAUUAUUUACUAUAGAAAAUAGAAUAUCCCAUAUACAUUUCUUUUUCGAACAAUUGUCCUUGAUUACCACGAGAAAAUUGAUUCAUAUAAAAAAAACGUAUCACUCUGUAUACGGGCAGCUUUUAGCCGUGGUCGCAUAAAUUAUUGACAUAUUUCCUUAUAGUCCUAGCAUCGCAGCACACUACUGACGGGGUAAAAUCGUUCACAGUCAUCCUGGAAUGAGUCAUACUAAACGAGGAUGCAUUGUACAAAAAUCAAGCCAACCAUUCCGCCACUUUUUGUAAUUCGUAAGAUGAUACAUAAUAGAUAUACUACACCGAUGACAAUACAAA